UCGAUUGUGAUGUUUAUAAUGCGCCCUCCUACCAAUACAUAAGUAAAGCUAUGUGAACCAGCGAGACUUGACGCGUAGCUAUUUAAAUAGCGUAGGGCUGUUUUAAUUACAACAUUCAGCAACAAGGAUAAGCUUAAGCCCCCACUUGUUACUGUUUGGGACGGUCACCGGGAUGUUUCCGCUAGACUCGCCAUGGAACAUCUCUUUUGCCGGUUGUGGCUUCCUCGGUAUCUACCAUGUCGGUGUGGCCAGCUGUCUGCACGAGCACGCUCCUUUUCUGGUGCAAAACGCCAGGCACAUAUAUGGAGCAUCAGCUGGAGCUCUCACCGCCACUUCUUUGGUCACGGGAGUUUGUCUUGGAGAUACUGGUGCAGGUAUCAUUGAGGUUGCUAAAGAGGCAAGAAAGAGAUUCCUUGGACCCAUGCACCCUUCAUUUAACCUGGUGAAAAUUAUGCGCCUCCUGCUGCAGCGCACUCUGCCGGAUGAUUGCCAUGAGCGGGCCAGCGGGCGGUUAGGAAUCUCUCUCACCCGAGUGACAGAUGGAGAAAAUGUCCUGGUGUCUCACUUCAACAACAAGGAAGAGCUGAUACAGGCAUGUGUCUGUAGUGCUUUCAUCCCAGUUUAUUGUGGCCUUAUUCCCCCUACACUGCAAGGAGUGCGAUAUGUCGAUGGAGGAAUCUCGGAUAACCUGCCUCAGUAUGAGCUGAAAAACACCAUCACUGUGUCCCCAUUCUGUGGAGAGAGUGACAUCUGCCCCCGAGACACUUCAACCAACCUACAUGAGCUGCGAUUCACUAACACAAGCAUUCAGUUCACACUCACCAACCUCUACAGAGUCUCCAGAGCUCUUUUCCCUCCAGACCCAAUGAUUUUGAAGGCCAUGUGUAAACAGGGAUAUAAAGAUGCUCUGCACUUUUUAAAGAGGAAUGGAUUGCUUAAUUUCAACGGCCCUCUCAGAGACAGACCCCUACUAGUUAAUGGAGAAGAAAAUGAGGAUUGUAAUGAUGACGAGGAGAAGAACAAUAACCAUGAUAAAAAGGAGGAAAAGCCACAUUUAGAAGAAAGAGCAGAGAUGGUUCACACCAGUUCCUCAGCAGAGGACCAUAUCAUCAUACAACUUCCACUCCCCCUGCACAGAGCUCUCAUUGAGGCCUGCGUGGAGAGGAGGAGCCUGAUGCGGUCGCUAAGCAACCUGCUUCCUGUCAGGAUGGCCUCAGCCAUGAUGGUCCCCUACACUCUCCCUCUGGAGUCUGCUGUAUCCUUGAUUGUCAGACUGCUGGAGUGGCUACCAGAUGUGCAGGAAGAUGUGGGAUGGAUUCAAGAGCAGUUAUUAAAAGUCCUGCAGCGUGUUUGUCGUCAGACCUCUAGAAGCAUUUUCCGACAAGUAUCUGCCAGGUUUUUCUGUCAGCUGGAGCUACACCACUCCCAGUCCCUCCCAUCCAGGUUCAGCUCCACCAGCCUGUUUCCCACUUGGGCGAAUGGGAGCAGUUCUGCAGUCCAGGAUGUGAUCAAGCGUCUCGACCAGUAUAAGAGACAGCUGUUGUCUGGAGUUCUGUGUGUCAACAUGAACCUGCAAGGCUCCUUCAAAACUGGACUGAUGUCACCAAGUCAGAGCUCUUCAUCCAUCAUGUCCACAGAGGGCCUCACAAUGCGCAUAGAUUGUCUUAAUCGUCCACCUGCUGCCGACUCUGGAGACACCAUGGGCGGCUCCUAGAAGCUUUUGAAGGGUGUUUGUGCUGCAGGUGCUGCUGCAGCUCUGAAUUUCAGACAUAACUUAUUCUACAUCAGGAACAUUUUAAUAUCUGUUUACACCCUGACAUUUGGAUAUUAUAAGCUACCAAGAAGGUAUAUGUAAUCUAAAGAUCUAUUUUGUAUAGCAGAUGGAAAUGGUAGUAAUUUACCAUGUUACCAUUAGUACAUGUUCAUUUUUCACUAAUGAAUGACAAUGAAUUAAAUCUUUAGCUAUAAUAUAAUCAAGCAGGCAGACAUAGUAUGACUGUCUACAGAAAAGCAUUUAAACAUACAUGAACAAACUUGAAUUAUAUGAUGCUUCAGAGAAAAAUGUGCACUUGAAGUAGACGUGAAAAUAGGAAGUGUUUAUGCUUUUAGUGGAAACCACUAAAUAAGCAGUGUUCUGCUGCAUCACCUGAUGGAACUUUGUUACAGGUAGUUACUCCACUUAUUUGAUCAAUUGUCAUUGCAAUAUUGUCAAAAAAAUUUAUUUAUCUAAAAAUACAAAACGAAAAAUACAAAAUGUUUCUAAUAUUUUGAUGAACUUGCAUGAAAGUUAGUUAGAAAAUCUUUUAGGUUUAAUAAUGUCUUUAAAAUCAUUUGAACAAUAAUUGGGGUGUUGCCUUACAAUUUUUUUUUUUUUACUGCAUGUACAAUAAAU